UGGCUUCCUUGAAUUCAAAAAUCACAUACAAACUUGUUAAGAAACACUAAUGGAUCGAUACCAUCACGCAAGAUUCUCGCAACGAAGUCGCUGAGUAGCGUACAUAAAUAAUGGAUCUCUGCAACCCAUCUCCAACAACAUAAUAAGAUCCACAAUUUCUCUGGAUCCUCAAUUUGGAGGUAAUAGAAGAAUUGCCUCUGGGGAAUUUUGUCAAACAGAUUGUAAGCAGACUGCUUCAAUGGAAGCUGCAUCAGCAUCAAUGCCAGACGAGAAAGGGGCUCCAACAAGGCUUGAGGGAAAGUCUACUGCGAUGGUGGUGUGUUGGCUUCUUGGAAUUGGGUGUUUGUUUUCUUGGAAUAGUAUGUUGACAAUAGAAGAUUACUAUGUUAAUCUGUAUCCGGACUAUCAUCCUUCAAGAGUCCUCACACUGGUGUAUCAGCCAUUCGCCCUUAUAACGCUUGCAGUACUUGCAUACCAUGAAGCAAAUGUAAAUACCCGAAAACGAAACUUAUUUGGAUACACUCUUUUCUUCUUCGGUACGCUCGCCAUUUUAGUCUUGAAUUUAGCGACAUCUGGUAAAGGAGGGAUUGGAACUUUCAUCGGCGUGUGCACAGUAAGUGCCGCCUUUGGGUUAGCGGAUGCUAAUGUGCAAGGUGGGAUGGUCGGAGAUCUGUCUUACAUGAUGCCGGAUUUCAUUCAAUCGUUUGUAGCCGGUCUUGCUGCAUCAGGAGCAAUUACCUCCAGUCUGAGAUUGAUUACGAAAGCAGUGUUUGAUAAUUCGCAAAACGGAUUACGGAAGGGAGCCAUUCUAUUCUUCGUGUUAUGCACAAUCUUCGAGCUGCUUUGCGUUUUUCUCUACGCCUUCGUUUUCCCAAAGCUUUCGAUAGUGAAAUACUACCGCUCAAAGGCAGCUUCCGAAGGGUCUAAAACGGUUUCAGCUGAUCUUGCUGCUGGUGGCAUUCACUCACAUUCUGUAGCGCCGGAUGAUAACUCUACAAAACAGGAAAGAUUGAGCAACAAGCAAUUGUUGGUGGAAAAUAUCGAUUACGCGAUGGAUAUGUUUCUAAUAUACCUUCUAACGCUAUCUAUUUUCCCUGGGUUCUUAUCGGAAGACACUGGAUCGCAUAGCUUGGGUUCAUGGUACGCACUUGUUCUGAUUGCGAUGUACAAUGUGUGGGAUCUCGUUGGACGAUAUGUCCCACUCAUCGAAUGCGUGAAGUUGGAGUCACGGAGCGGACUCAUGAUAGUGGUUAUCGCAAGAUUUCUCCUCAUCCCGGCAUUCUAUUUCACGGCUAAAUAUGCCGAUCAGGGCUGGAUGAUAUUUUUGACGUCGUUUUUGGGGUUAUCUAAUGGUUACCUUACCGUUUGUGUCCUUACCGCUGCUCCAAAAGGCUACAAGGGCCCGGAACAAAAUGCAUUGGGGAACAUACUCGUGCUGUUUCUUGUCGGUGGUCUUUUUGCAGGGGUGACGUCUGAUUGGUUAUGGUUAAUUGGCAAAGGUUGGUGACAGUUUUCCAAGUUUCGGUUAUGUUGAUAUAGAUUGGUUUUCUAGAUUUAUCGGGUUUUUAAUGUAAAAAGAAAACAUCGUAUAUGAUUUUUCAUUAGUAUUUAUUUUCAUGUGUUUUGAUUCUAUACGAAUAAUAUUCAAAGUUUUAUGU